CCGAGCUUGCUCUUUCUCCCAUUGGGUAAAUGUAAACUUGGAGUCCGCUGCUCUGAGCGAUUUCCCAGGUUGCUGCUAGGCGGUCAGUUUUAGCUGAUUGAGGAGACAGCAGUAGUUAGUACUGGGGAGGUACUUGGGAGGGAGAAUGAGGCAGGCGGAGAAGAAGAGGGGGAUGCGGGUAUGAACGGUAGGACAGGGAAAGAGAGAGGAGGGGGUUAGAGAAUGGGAAAAGAAGGGAGAAGAAGGGCACGAAUGGGAGAGCCCGAGGAACGUGAUGGAAACUUGCAGUUGUACCCACACUGACCUAAAAUAGCUCCAUCCCCUUGCCUGGGCCCUGUGGCCUGGGCCAGGCUGCGUCAGUGGCUUCUACGACCUCCCCGCUCCUCACCCCUCGCACCUGGGGCCUGCUGCACAGACAGUUUGUCCUGAAAAUUGAUGGCAUGCAGGUGCAGGUGGCAUGGGGGGCGGUGGGGGUGGCAGGUUUUAACUUUGGGAAUUACACUUCUCUAAUUGUCUCUACUAGCCCUCUCUGGACUAGAGAGAUUUUGGAGAGAAUUGCCACAGAAUUUAACCAGUUACAGUUUCAUGCUGUUCAGAGCAAAGGCCUGCCUCUUCUGGACAAAGUAAGACCACGUAUAGCCCACAUUAUGGCCAUGCUGCAGCAGUCCCUGGGAGGCCUGCUGCUAGAAGGGCUUCAGACUUCCAAUGUGGACAUCAUAUGGCACUGCCUCCGGACUUACGCUACAAUUGACAAGACACGGGAUGCAGAGGCGUUAGUCGAUCAAGUACUGGUGAAACCGUACAUGGAUGAAGUUUGUGCCCCUAUGCACCUCAUUCCGCAAACACAGAGCAUCUAAUCUGGCUUCAUUUCUUGACUGGGUGCGAGAGAGCUCAGGGCUCUUCCUUGAAGAUGCUCCUAGUUCCUGCUCUUCUGGUUGUAAGAAAAGGUUGGUCCCGCUUGGUGCCCAUCAGCAUGCCAGGAAUCAGGCAUGCACUCUGGUCUCUUCCAGUGAUGCCAUAGCUUAGGGAUCAUCUUAAUUUAGUAGGGGUGAGGGACUUGCCUAGGAAGAAGGUACGGAUCAGAACAUUUUCAGGUCAAUUUCCAUUUCCCUAAGUUAUA